GUAGCUGGGAACGUGCAACAGAAAAUAGUUCACCCAACUUUCUCCUAUUAAUACUUGUCUCUUCUCUUCAUACUUCUUCUAACCUUCUUCACACACACACACAUAUAUAUAUACACACACGCUUUGGAUAAAAACUCUCUGAUUCGAUAAAUCAGAAGAAGAAAAAAAAAAACAAAAUGGAUCACGAAAAGUCUACCUCCUGUUGCUGCGUUCUCGAUGCUUCCACUUUUGUGGGUUUCUGGAUUCUCAAGAAAUUGCUUAGCAGAGGAUACUCUGUUCACGCAGCGAUUCGUAAAAAAGGAGAGAGUGAAAUUGAAGAGAAAAUCAGAGAGAUGGAAGCAACGGAGGAGAGAUUAGUGGUGUACGAUGUUGAUGUGUUGGAUUAUCAAAGCAUACUUGUCUCCCUCAAGACAUGUAACGCAGUCUUCUGCUGCUUAGAUAGCCCUGAAGGGUACGAUGAGAAGGAAGUGGAUUUGGAGGUGAGAGGAGCGAUCAAUGUGGUGGAGGCAUGUGGAAGAACAGAGAGCAUUGACAAGAUUGUCUUCUCUUCUUCGUUAACAGCUUCAAUUUGGAGAGACAACAUUGGAACUCAGAAGGAUGUUGAUGAGAAGUGUUGGAGUGAUCAAGACUUCUGUCGCAAAAAGAAGUUGUGGCACGCAUUGGCAAAGAUGUUGUCAGAGAAAGCAGCUUGGGCACUAGCCAUGGACCGUAGGCUCAACAUGGUUUCUAUCAAUCCUGGUCUUAUCGUCGGACCAUCGGUCGCACAACACAACGCUGGGCCUACCAUGUCCUACCUCAAAGGAGCUGCGCAAAUGUACGAGAAUGGAGUGUUGGCGUACGUUGACGUUAAGUUUUUGGCGGAUGUUCAUAUUAGAGCGUUCGAGGAUGUUUCAGCUUGUGGUCGAUAUUUCUGCUUCAACCAAAUCGUCAACACAGAAGAAGAAGCCCUCAAGCUUGUCCAGAGUUUGUCUCCUUUGAUACCUAUGCCACCGAGGUAUGAGAGUGAGAUGCAAGGAAAUGAAGUUUACGAAGAAAGAUUGAGGAACUAUAAAUUGAGCAAGCUGGUAGAAGCUGGCUCUGCUUGUUAAAGAAUGAUUCAAAAUAUUUAAACUGGAAUUUAGGAGUUCAUACCAAAAAGGGUUAUAAUUUGUAUAUUGAUCUUCUCAAUUCACAGUACUACUAUAUUGGAAAAAAAAAAUUCACAUUUCCUAUGGUUAUAUAUUAGCUGGAGUAGAGCCUUUUAUACUUCACCGGGAUCAUAAUGUCAAUGCUUUCUAUUUUUAUUUUCGUUAAUGUUGAAAAUGGAUGGGAGAGUUGUGA